ACAAAGUAACAAAAGAAUAAAGAAUAUUUAGUAUUUGCUUGAAAGGUUAGUUGAACCUCAAAAAGAGAAUCCAAAUCCUUGGCAGCCCCGCUUCUGGCUCGACUUGCGCGCUCCUUUAUCUUCUCCUUGCUCCUCUUUGAAGAUAAAACUUUAUGCAAAGUACUGCAAUGAGUGAAAACAGAGAGAGAGAAAAGAAAAUGGGUAGAAGAGAGUGGUACCGUUCCCUUGCUAAAAGAGAGAAAGAGGUUUCAGGAUGCAUGAGCGGCGUGUUCCAGUUCCUGGAUUUCCAUAACAUUCUCUUCACUCCAAGCAGCAACAGCGGCAGGGUGGCUCAGAGCUCCUCUCCUCAGAUCCGUCGUCAUUCGUCUAAUUCUCAGUUCAGUGGAGUUGAGGCGCCAAGAAAUAGUUUAGAGCUAGACGAGGGGUCUGCUGCAGCAAAAGCAUCCACUGCUUUCGCAAUAGCAGCCGAAGAUUACUACGGAAUUCCUAUUGGGAUUCAAGUAAACUCUGCGCCGUUACCAUCACUGAAGAAGCAGAACAAAAAGAAUCAGGGUUUGGAGGAGGACGAGAAGAGGGACUCCCAAUCCCAAUGCAUAACCCCAAGAACCACCAAUUUGGUCGCUAGGCUCAUGGGCCUAGAUGUGUCGUCCGAAGGUCCAUCGACCCCCAAAGCAAGCUUCAAAUCUCUCAACUCCUCGCCUAAAAUUAGCACAAAAAAUCGACAGCCGGACUCGAUCGCUGCCAGACACGCCGAGAGCUUCAUCAGAGAGAUCGAGAGACGCUGA